AAAGAUGUUGAGAUCAGAGUGUGACACAACAGAUUAUCUCUGGUCUGGUUUCCUGCAGGAAGCCGCUGUGAGUGUAUGUCCACGUUUGCGCUCGAGUGCCUCCUUCUCCAUGUGAAAGUGUGCAGUUGCAUGUUUCUCGCUGUGGUUGUUGUACCGAGAAUCAGAUCUACUCCGAGAUGAAGCUUGCCCCGUGGUUACCCACAGGACCUAAUAACACUGGUUAAAACCAAGUGGGGGGAGAGCUGAGACGCACACCGGUGACAUUACGCGGGAGUUCAGGCAUAAAAAAAAAAGUAAGACUGUAAAGUAGGACAGGAAACAAAUACGCAUGGAGGACUUUUUUUUGUUUUUGUGAAUUCAAUUAAAGCUGGUACAUAAUAGUGACAAGAGACCGAUAGCCUCUGCAAGGCACAACACAUAGAGGAAAGUCAGAAGAAAAGAAAGCACAGCGUUGGAACAAGCUCUGACAGACUGCACCACACCAACCUAUUCCCUCUGCUGUUGUCUCAUUAUUUUAAUUACCUUCCGUCCUUUCAUUUAUUUUUUUUUUUCUUCUUCUCUGCUUAGCCCUUGGUAGUUUGUAUUCCAUCCUCCUCACUUCUUCUCUCCUCCCCUCCCUCUCCCCUUCUCCUCUCUGUCUCAUCCUCUCUUGUUCACUGUCACACUAACUGCGCUGGAUGCUGGAGUCACUCAUGUAGAAGCCACCUUGCUUAGAGCACAUUUGCCUAUUUUGUUUUAUUUUUUUAUACAUAUAUUUAUUUUUUAUCUUUCCCCUGCUGAGUUGGAUGAUCGGAGCUGUGUCAGAUCCAGCGAUGGAGGAGAUGACCAACAAGUAGCUGCUGCUGAGUUCAUCAGAGCUCCUGCAUCACCCAGUGAAGACAAGGUGGAGAGCUUUCCUUCAGGGUCCUUCCACGUGUGUGCAGAUUAUUUGCAGCAGGGGCUUUAUGAGUUUUUGGUAAUAGCAAGGCCAAAACAUAUAUCCAGGUGUGGAUUACAGUAGUGGAUUUGUCCUGGAGCUACAUGUGGGCCCCAGCCCCUGAGGCCUGGCUGGGAAAUGAAGCCUUUCCCGCGGCUGUAGGAGUGCUGUGGGCAGCCAUGGCCCUGGAGGGGCGCUGUCUCCGACGGGGAUCUCCGGCCAUGAUCAGAAAGGGCCGCCAGCGCCGUCCUACAAAGCCAACUCUGGCCCGGGUCACUUCCACUCUGCUUUCAAGGACACGUCUGCAUGGUCUGAGGCAUGUUUGCGUCCCUGGAGGCUCCUUGGGCCGCAGGGCGUUCUGGCUGCUGGCCCUGUGCACCUCCCUUGGGCUGCUUUUAUCCUGGUCCUCAAACCGCCUACUCCACUGGCUUUCCUUCCCCACAUACACACGAGUCCACACAGAGUGGGCCAAAGAACUGGCCUUCCCGGCAGUCACUAUCUGCAACAACAACCCCAUCCGCCUCUACAAACUCACCAAGAGCGACCUGUACUUUGCGGGCCACUGGCUGGGUCUGCUGCUGGCCAACCGGACAGUGAGACCCCUGGUUCUGGACUUGCUUCAGGAAGACCGCCGGGCCUGGUUCACGAAGCUGUCAGACUUUAGGCUCUUUCUGCCACCCAGAAACUUUGAAGGAACCAAUCUGGAGUUUAUGGACAGACUGAGCCACCAACUGGAUGACAUGCUUCUCUCAUGCAAAUACCGAGGGGAGCCCUGUGGAGCUCACAACUUCUCCUCAGUGUUCACCAGGUAUGGGAAGUGUUACAUGUUCAACGCUGCAGAGGAGGGGAAGACGCUCCGCACCACCAUGAAGGGGGGCACAGGAAACGGCCUGGAGAUCAUGUUGGACAUCCAGCAGGACGAGUACCUACCGGUGUGGGGGGACACAGAGGAUACAGCCUUCGAGGCAGGUGUUCGGGUGCAGAUCCACAGCCAGGCUGAGCCCCCUUUCGUUCACGAGCUGGGUUUCGGCGUCGCUCCUGGUUUCCAGACUUUCGUAGCUACGCAGGAGCAGAGGCUGACCUACCUGCCUCCCCCGUGGGGAGAGUGCGAGUCGAAGGCUCUGGAGUCUGGUUUCUUCCAGGUCUACAGCGUGACCGCCUGCAGGAUCGACUGUGAAACCCGUUACAUUGUGGAGAACUGCAACUGCAGGAUGGUGCACAUGCCCGGUGACGCUUCGUACUGCACGCCUGAACAGUACAAGGACUGUGCUGAACCUGCCCUCGCCAAACUGUCGGCCGUGGAGAGCAGUAACUGCAUGUGCCGGACGCCGUGCAACAUGACCCGUUACAACAAAGAACUGUCCAUGGUCAAGAUCCCCAGCAAGACGUCUGCCCGCUACCUACAGAAGAAGUUCAACAAGUCAGAGAAAUACAUCACAGACAACAUCCUAGUGUUGGAUGUGUUUUUCGAGGCUCUAAACUAUGAGACCAUCGAGCAGAAGAAAGCCUACGAGGUAGCAGGUUUAUUGGGUGAUAUUGGCGGUCAGAUGGGUCUGUUUAUCGGAGCCAGCAUCCUCACCAUCCUGGAGCUGUUUGACUAUGCUUAUGAGGUGGUAAAAGACAGACUAUUGGAUUUGCUGAGCAGAGAGGAGGAGGAGAGUCACGGAGAGGAUGUGAGUUCCUGUGACCCGGUGGCGAACCACUCGGAGUCGAUCAGCCACACUGUGACCGUCCCACUGCAGACCACGCUGGGCACCCUGGAGGAGAUCGCCUGCUGAGGCAACCCCCCCACCGUCCCCACCCCCACAGAGCCACACACACAUUCAGAAGCUGCUGCCAGCGGGUGGCGCUACACCCUCUGUUAGAACCAGAACAGGGGAGGGG